CGGAGAGAAGUCAGACUGGAGUUACUGUGAUUGCAAUCAUCCAUUUUGACCUCCAUAGUCGCAUAAGUGAGUUUCCUCCGAGUCUGACCUCAUGUUCGACGCUGCAAGGAAAUACGUGUACGACCGGCGUCGCGGACUAUUUGAGACGUCGGUUGUUCUCUGUGGAGCCUAUGCCGUGAGCUGCUAUAUCAAUGAGAGAUUGGAGGACGCCAAGGAGAAGGUUGUCAGAGGAAGAGCUGCUCGAGAGGCACUUCGAAGACGCUUUCAGAGUAGUCAUGAUGAUGCAUGUUUUACUAUCAUGGCACUUAUUCCUACACUGGCUGAGCAAAUCCUCGAGGAGAUGGAUGUCGAGUCGCUCACCAACGAGCUUCAAUCUCUAUCACGCACAUCCCGUCCUCGAUCCCGCUUUCAACAUCCAGAGUCUCUUUCCGAGUCCGAAGUUAGCUCUGCCUCAGAUGUGCAUUCAGAUGCUGGGUCUGCGUCAUUGUCGUCCUAUUCAUGCAUUGAUAGAGAAACAUCGUCGAAUAUGGCAGCUUCAACCGACAGUUGGGUCGAUCGCUUUUCGAGCUCCUCAUCAUACAAGAAUGCGAGUGAGCAGCUACAACAACCUCACGAUUUCCUCGCCUCUGCUGGUAGUCAACUAUCUGACUCAAUCACCACCGCUAGUUCCUCACUGAGCUACAAUCCUGGUGCCCCUUUUCAUGAACCACAGGCUUCCAUGUCUCCCUCCAUGAGUGAGAGUAGCACCCGAACGAAAGCACAAUUAUGGAAGGAAGUAAAAAUAUUAACACUGACACGUACACUGACGACACUCUAUACGACCACUUUGCUGUCCCUCCUCACAAGUAUACAGCUAGCCCUUCUAGCACGUGAACGCUACAUAACCUCGGUCCUUUCUACCGAACGUGCCGAACGCAUCAGCGAGGCAGCACCUACGCUUUCUGGUCUCAUCCUCCGUGAGGCUGUAUCUCGUGUUGUUGACGUGGAGGUGAUAUGGCCGGCAUGGUCUGCAGGUCAAGAGGACUGGAAUGAAGAGGUCGAAGGCAUAUCAGAAGAGACUGAGAUGCGCUUCUUGACACUUAGCUGGUGGAUACUACAUGUAGGGUGGAAGGAUGUAGCCGCAAGAGUGCGAGGUAGUGUCGAAGCCGUCUUUGAGGGAGUAUCCCUUAAGACGAAAUUGUCACCUUCUGAGCUCCACGUACUGAUCCUUGAUGUUCGACGACGCGUUGAGCGGAACGGUCCAGGUGACAAUGAAGCAAGCAUACCUGGCCGCUUUCUUGGCUCUCUCCUUCCACCGACUCCCGAAACAACAGCCCACGUACUUGCACAAGGUGGUGCUCUCCCCCAAGUCCCCUCUGAAUUUUCACCCCUCAUUGGUUCUUCCAUUUCGUCGUUACCCGACAGCAAUGACUCUCCACCGGUUGCCGGUCCCACCCCUCGUGUGGGCAUCUUUCCAACCCCUCCCUCAUCCAUUCCCUCCUCUUCCCCAUCGCCAUCCUCCAGCCGGCCUGACCCAAAUACAACGUCCUCACCCCUAACCUCACAACCUCACGCUGAGUUCAAUGAUCCAAUAUUCUCCUCCCUCCUCUCGCAGACCAGAGCAUAUCUGGCCGGCCCAGAUUUUUCUCACGCCCUCAGCGCUGCGCUCGACCGCGCCACUGUGGUGCUGGUCGACGGACUCCGAGCGAAAGUGUUCAUAGACUCGAAUACGAUAAACGUCCCAGAAGGGCUGUCAGCGACCAAUCCGAUUGAUUUGACUGUAGAAGAAGAAACGAAGGAGGAGAUAAAGAUACGGUUGGCAGGCCUUUUGCCUGGACUGGCGCGGUGGAGCCAGUUGGCGCUGAAUGCUGUGCCCAACGAAUUGGUAGAUAAUGUCAUGGCGGUGCGCGAACUCGGUGCGCUGGAGGCGAUUGUCAUGUCAGAUUAUGAGAAUCGAUACUCUAAUUGAUGUCAAGAAAGAAAAAAGACAUCUACUACCUGCUUGGACUGAUUAAUGACAUGUAUGACUAGUGGAUAUAGCCCCCUGAAUAAUUCAUUAACGUCAGCAUAGAUCAAAG